GUGUCCCCAGUGCCCGCCGUGCCCGCCGCGGUCGCCGCAGCUCAGCCUCCUGCCGGUUGUAUGUUCGAGACCUCAAUGAGGAGCCCAAACAUGGAGCCAUUCAAGCAGCAGAAGGUGGAGGACUUUUAUGACAUCGGAGAGGAGCUGGGGAGUGGCCAGUUUGCCAUCGUGAAGAAGUGCCGGGAGAAGAGCACGGGGCUUGAGUAUGCAGCCAAGUUCAUCAAGAAGCGGCAGAGCCCGGCGAGCCGGCGCGGUGUGAGCCGGGAGGAGAUCGAGCGGGAGGUGAGCAUCCUGCGGCAGGUGCUGCACCACAACGUCAUCACGCUGCACGACGUCUACGAGAACCGCACCGACGUGGUGCUCAUCCUUGAGCUAGUGUCUGGAGGAGAGCUCUUCGAUUUCCUGGCCCAGAAGGAGUCACUGAGUGAGGAGGAGGCCACCAGCUUCAUUAAGCAGAUCCUGGAUGGGGUGAACUACCUUCACACAAAGAAAAUUGCUCACUUUGAUCUCAAGCCAGAAAACAUUAUGUUGUUAGACAAGAAUAUUCCUAUUCCACACAUCAAGCUGAUUGACUUUGGUCUGGCUCACGAAAUAGAAGAUGGAGUUGAAUUUAAGAACAUUUUUGGGACGCCAGAAUUUGUCGCUCCAGAAAUUGUGAACUACGAACCCCUGGGUCUGGAGGCUGACAUGUGGAGCAUAGGCGUCAUCACCUACAUCCUCCUAAGUGGAGCAUCCCCUUUCCUGGGAGACACGAAGCAGGAAACACUGGCAAAUAUCACGGCAGUGAGUUACGACUUUGAUGAGGAAUUCUUCAGCCAGACGAGCGAGCUGGCCAAGGACUUCAUUCGGAAGCUUCUGGUUAAAGAGACCCGGAAACGGCUCACAAUCCAAGAGGCUCUCAGACACCCCUGGAUCACGCCGGUGGACAACCAGCAAGCCAUGGUGCGCAGGGAGUCUGUGGUCAAUCUGGAGAACUUCAAGAAGCAGUAUGUCCGCCGGCGGUGGAAGCUCUCCUUCAGCAUCGUGUCCCUGUGCAACCACCUCACCCGCUCGCUGAUGAAGAAGGUGCACCUGAGGCCAGAUGAGGACCUGAGGAACUGUGAGAGUGACACUGAGGAGGACAUCGCCAGGAGCAAAGCCCUCCACCCGCGGAGGAGGAGCAGCACCUCCUAACUGGCCUGGCCUGCAGUGGCUGCCAGGGAAGUCUGGGCCCAGCGGUGCUCCCUUCUGUGCAGACUCUUGGACCUAGCUCAGCACCAGCACCUGAGCGUCCUGAGCACUUCGCAAGAGAGGUGGGCCCACAGAAUUCAGAAGAGCUUGCAGGCAAGCCAAGAGACCCUGGGAGCUGUGGCUGUCUCCUGUGGAGGAGGCUCCGACUUUCCCAAAGCUCUUAAUUCUCCAUAAAAUGGGCUUUCCUCUGUCUGCCAUCCUCAGAGCCUGGGGUAGGGGUGUGGACUUAGGAAAACAAUAUAAAGGACAUCCUCAUCAUCACGCGGUGAAGGUCAGACUCAGGCAGCCUUCCUCACAGGCUGAGGGGGUUCAGAACCAGCCUGGCCAAAAAUUACACCAGGAAGACACAGUCCUCCCCACUGGGAACAGGGUGAUUGAGGAAAGUGAACCUUGGGUGUGAGGGACCAAUCCUGUGACCUCCCAGAACCACGGAAGCCAGGACGUCAGGCUGACCAACACCUCAGACCUUCUGAAGCAGCCCAUUGCUGGCCCGCCAUGUUGUAAUUUUGCUCAUUUUUAUUAAACUUCUGGUUUACCUGA